AUUAAGUUCGCACUCUUUGAACCACAAAGAAGCAAGCUACGUCGCCGAUUGGGAGCUGCGUCUGUGACCGAGCUGCUAUCGCCCAUUCCAGUGUACCGUACCUUCUACAAGCAGUGUCAUCUCCUCAGCUCGUGUCUUGGGCGUUGAAUAGCGUGAUUUUGGUGCUCUCACGUGGACUCUCACGUGGACCGAAUAACAUUUUAAUCGAUGGCAGUGACGUCGCAGUCUCCCGCAUUCGCGUCGCCACGGGUUUCGACUACUACCAACGGUUAUGAACCUCUCACUAUGAACGGAAACAGGCUGAGUGAGCGUGCAGGUGGACUCCGCUUCGCUCAAAAUGCGGAAAAGGUCAAAGCUACCGACAAGCAGGACGAGCCUCCAACGCCCAUGGACAUUGUGCCGUGGCGGAUGCGCGAGCGCAUGAAGACGAUGGACGUGGCGCUGGUUCUGUGUCUAAACAUCGGAACGGACCCGCCUGACGUGGAGAAAUCCACGCCUUGUGCUCGUAAGGAGUGCUGGGUGGACCCGUUCUCUAUGCCAGCCAAGAAGGCUAUUGAGACCAUUGGCAACACGCUGCAGUCGCAGUACGAGCGCUGGCAGCCGCGUGCUCGCUACAAACAGAGCUUGGACCCAACGGUGGAGAAGAUCCGCGAGUUGUGUGUGAACCGACGAAGACUAGCCAAGCACGACCGCGUGCUGUUCCACUACAAUGGCCACGGCGUACCUCGACCAACACAGAAUGGAGAGGUCUGGGUGUUCAACAAGAGUUACACGCAAUAUAUCCCGCUGCUAGUUUACGACCUGCAGUCAUGGGUGGGGACACCAUCGAUCUAUGUGUUUGACUGCUCGGCGGCAGGAGUGCUGUUGAGCCACUUCACGUCGCCUCCGACGACUCAAGCUCAAACACACGGACGAAAUGGAAGUCCGUCUGCUAAUGAAGCCAUUGUGCUGGCCGCUUGCGCUGCCGAUGAGCUGCUGCCGAUGAACCCGGAACUGUGUGCCGACGUGUUCACAUCGUGCUUGACAACUCCAAUUACUGUCGCGUUGCGGUGGUUUAUCUCGCAGAACGAACUCUCGAUGGCGCACCUGGAUGCCAGCUUCAUUGAACGUAUCCCUGGAAAGCUGACUGACAGAAAGACACCUUUAGGCGAGCUGAAUUGGAUCUUCACAGCAAUUACCGAUACGAUUGCGUGGAAUAUGCUGCCUCGUGAGCUAUUCCAGAAGCUGUUCCGACAGGAUUUACUUGUAGCGUCACUUUUCCGUAACUUCUUGUUAGCAGAGCGCAUCAUGAAGUCUGAAGGUUGCUCGCCGUGCUCACUUCCAGCUUUACCACCAACAAAUCACCACUCGCUGUGGCGCUCAUGGGAUUUGGCGGCUGAGGUGUGCUUAAACCAGCUCUACAAACUGUCAAACCCGUACCCGAAUGUUGACAUGAGCUUUCAGCCUUCGCGGUUCUUCGCAGAACAGCUCACAGCGUUCGAGGUGUGGCUGCAGUUCGGAUCUUCGGAGAAGCCACCGCCACAACAGUUGCCUAUGGUUUUGCAGGUGCUUUUGAGCCAAGUUCAUCGUCUUCGCGCACUCGUGCUACUGAAGAAGUUCCUUGACUUGGGACCUUGGGCAGUGAAUUUGGCACUUUCUGUUGGAAUAUUCCCGUAUGUACUCAAGUUGCUCCAAUCUCCAGCGAGUGAGCUUCGUCAGGUACUAGUCUUCAUCUGGGCAAAAAUUCUGUCUCUGGACUCAAGCUGCCAAGUGGAUCUUGUUAAGGAUGAUGGUCAUUCCUACUUCAUAUCACAUCUCGCUGCCGGACUCCACAACGGUGGAGGGAAUCAGAGUGCCUACAGUGCUGCGAGUAGCAUGAUGCCUGCUGAGCAGAAAGUAAUGGCGGCCUUCAUUAUCUCAGUGAUUUGCAACAAGAACUUACCUGGCCAAAAGAGCUGCUUGCCACAAUAUUUACACAAGAUUUGCAUCAAUCUGCUUCAGGAUCCCGACGAAGAAGUACGCAAAUGGAUUUGUUUGUGUCUGGCGAAAUUGUGGGAAAACUUUGACGACGCAAAGCGUAUUGUGAUCGAAGACAAGGUGCCUCGGAUACUUGGCUCCAAGCUGCGCGAUGAUCGCCCAGAAGUGCGUGGUGCUGCUGCCUAUGCACUCGGUACUUUAGUUGGCUUCCAAUGUGACCCCAAUACAAGCGGAAAGCAUGUCGAUAUGAAUCGCUUAGAAGAUUUUUUCCGACAGCGAGCACACGACGAUAUCAUCGUAGCUUUGGAACUGCUGCGUGGUUGUCGGGAUGGAUCUCCAUUGGUACGUCGGGAGAGUGUGCUGGCUCUAGCAAAUGUUAUCCUGCACAACUACCACCAACCACGUUUCGAGUUCGUAGCCAAACACUUUAAGAACCAGCUAGUUAGCACCCAAGCCACUUCUCCUGCCGACCACAGAUCUUCUCCGGUUGAAUUGGACUUUCAGGGCGGUAAUGAAGCACGAAACUCGCUUGAGAGUAUCAACGACACGAAUUUCCAAGGCGGUGCAGACAUAUUCGUGGACGAGGAGCUGCUGGAAGAGAUUGGAGAAGAUGCUAAGUACUAUGCGCAAAUUUGGCAUGUGCUCAAGGAAAUGCAAUCGAGAGACCCGUUUCCGCAUGUGGUGGACGCCGUUAAAGCGAUUGUCAGCUUCGUAAAUGCUAGCAUCUUGGAAGCUGAGCAAGAUCAACUGCGAGAAAACAGUCAGACAGGAAGCGUGCUAGCUUCCCCUCCACGUAGUGCAAAUCCUGAAAAUCUCUCAGCUAUGCGUGCAGAGAGAAAUACUGGCGCUGCGUCUCCGUUUCGACGAGAAGUGUCUGUGCCCGGGUUGGCCAACAACCAGGUUCAGCGAAAUGAAGAACGAUUUGGUGUUUCCUCGGAAAAUGCAGCACUCACCUCGGCGAAUUCUGAACAAGGAAGCUUGAUCAGAACCCCAGAUACACACAUGCAACCUGCUGCACCUACUCCGAAAGGACUAAGAUCAGUUGUAUCGGUGGGAAACUUCCAGCAGUAUCAAAACAAGUUCCAACAAGGGUCUGGCAAUAUGCUGGCCACUAGGGAUAGCCACGUGAUGCCUCCUCCCACCAGCGCAGGCAGUAACAUGAUGCAAGGGCAAUAUCUUGGACAAACCUCUUCUCCAAUGGGGGGAUACAGAGUACCCAACAGUGGUCUGCCGGGCGAAGGAGGCAUGGGAGGCUAUCCAGUCCAUGUACCUCCUCCAAUGGAACGUUACGGCCGCCAUGAAGACUUUCCACCUGCCCUGGUGUCAACUUGCUAUGAACGACACAAAACUCACUUCAAUGACCCGAUUCUGGAGCCUGUACAGGAGGACGAGGACCCACUAAGCGAAAAGGGUGCUGAGAGAUGGGAACGUUGUCGUCGCUACAGCCGCAUUCGCGGUGCAGCUAUGAAGCUCGCACCAGGUUUCUCGUCUCCUCGAAGUUCUACGACACAGAAAGCUGGCUUAGGUCUGCGGGACGCUAGUCUGCACAACCCACCUCCUUACCCACCCAUCGAGUAUGAUUCUGCGCGUCGUGUGCCCACUCUUGGUGACCAGGAAGAAGUAAAGGAGUUUACGAUGAACCUCCGUCAGCGGGCCGUGCUGAAUAACGACGCGGAGAUGACAUCACUGUUGCUGUUCCACCCGUACGAAACGAUGCUGCUUGUUGCGGACGAGAAAGAUCAAAUCUCACUUUACAACUUCGAGGAAACGGAGACGAAGGUGUUGACUUUCGGGAACAAAAAUCCACCCGGCUCACGGUUGACAUCUUUGAACUGGAUCAAUGAAACCGAGGAGAGCCUUCUGACGUGCGGCUCUGACGACGGUGUGAUCAAGAUUUACCACGGGUUGCACAGUCCCCAUCCAUCGAUUGGCAGUCCAAAACUCUUAUCGGCGUUCGUCGCGGUGCCUGAUCUUGUGCCUGGAACUCGUGGAUCGGGUCUAGUGAUGAACUGGCAGCAAGACGCUGGCAUGAUAUAUGCUGGUGGUAACUCGAGUAUGCUCCGUGGCUGGGAUUUGCGACAAGAAAAAUGCACCAUCGCGCUUCCUACUCAAACGGACUCUUGUAUCACGAGCAUGGCGAGCGAUAAGAGUAUUCCAGAGACGCUAGUAGCAGGUUUUGGUGAUGGCACUUUGCGAAUUUUUGACGCACGCAGCAGACCGGACUAUGCAGUCAAAACUAUCAUGAAGGAACAUACGUCGUGGGUGGUGCAAACGCACAUAUACGCCGGCAGGAAUGAACUUCUCACCGGAUCUGUGACUGGUCAGUUGAAGUUUUGGGAUAUGCGAUAUCCAAAGAAUAGUGUGAAAUCUCUGGAAGCGCAUCGAUCACCGAUGACUGCCCUCGCCGUUCACGACUAUGCCCCGAUAUUUGCAAGGUACGUUUGACUGCAUGACCGUAGAACCUCUCGGGGUGAUACUUACUUCCUCGUUCACUUUAUUUUUUUUUACCGUGUCAGUGGUUCGCACAACCAGUUUAUUAAAGUGUUCCGGAGUGACGGUGAGCAGUUGGCGCUCAUCCGCUACCACGAAGGAUUCCUGGGCGAGCGAAUUGGUCCCGUUUCGUGCUUGGCGUUCCAUCCGCAUCGACUUUUCUUGGCUGCAGGUGCUACCGACUCCGUAGUUGCUGUUUAUUCAAGCGACAAGUAGUCUUGAUCAAAAGAUCAAUGAAGGGUUCAUAAUAAUUUCUCCAUGUCUGCUAGUAAUUCAAGAAACGUGAUAAUGCAAACUCGUUCGUCUUUGUUGAUAAAAAAGAAUCAAUGCUCAUGAAUUGCGCGCAUGCAU